CGACUGCAGUGACAAGCGGGGAUAUUGUUUAUGACAAGAUUCACUUCAGACAUGACCCCAAAUGGAGCGGCCGCCUCGGGCCUGCAGAGGGAGGCGGACUGUUGCUCUGUGUGGCCUGUGUCGUGGAAAUGAUGGAGAGUGACGAUAUAGCGUCCGUGAGGAAGUCUUCUGCCUUGUCUGGUGUCAGCGGCGUGUUGAAGUGUUGUCCGGGGGCCCUAAGAGAGCUGCUCCAACAGGAUCACAGAGUCUCUCUGCAUUUUGCAGCUACACUGUUGGGGAUGCUUCAAACUGUGGAGGACCCUGUCACUCUAGAAAAGGUUGACCAAGUGCUGAUUCAGCUGCUUGUGGAGCUGCAGAGUGAGCUGUCAUUUCGCUUUGUUUUGGACGAGAUACACGAACAGCUGAGUGACCGGCACACUGUGAAGCGUUUCCUGCCAACCUUCGGUUUCUUGGGGAACCUCGUGAAAGCAGUACCUAAUGUGGCCCACAGCCUUGUGACUCAGUAUGUGCCCCUGCUGGACCACCUGUGCUCAACCAUGCUUUACCCAGAUGAAGCAUUUAAGACUUCAGUUUUAUAUGUGUGGCUGCAGCUGCUCGGGACACCCGGGGGCUCAAUCACCCAGGCCUUGCCAACUGGCAUCAGAGACAGGUUGUGUAUCCUGUUGCUGCAGACCUUAGCCAACGCCGACUCUCCACAGCUCAUCAGAAACUGUGUAGGCCUGCUGUGGCAGCUAGUGCAGCUGGGCGAGGCAGUGUCAGUCCUGAUGACCAGCACAGGCGGUCAGAUGAUGUGCAGUGAGAACGAGGACAUCCUCGCCAACGACAGCCAGAUCCUCAGCCAAAACCAAGAGCAACAGCCAUCCGACCGCUGCCCUCUGCCUCUCAUACUGAAAAAGUUGCUGCUGAGUGGUGAUGAGAUAUUGCAGGUGACCAGUGCUAAGUGUAUGGCAGCUGUUCUGGUUCAUUCUCCCAGUCAGUACAGUGCUCCCUUCAUCAAGGCUGAUGUACCAGAGUUUCUGUUCGACUGUCUGGCCUCUAGUAGUAGUGAGGCACUGCUGUGGUCUGUCUAUAGCUGUUUGCUGUUGCUGACUGAGGACCCACUCUUCUUCUCCCAGUGUCACUCCGUCUAUGGUAUUGAGUCUCUGGUGCGCAGUUUGAAGGAGGCUCUGCGGCUGACCAACUUCGAAGUGCCAAAACAAGGUUUGCUUCUGCUCACUGAAAUACUGGAAAGACAGCCCCCGAACGUGCAUCUGUUUCCCACUGGCCCAGGGUUUGUGGCGGUCUCAGAGGCUGUGGUGGCUGGAGUCUCCUGCUCUUGCCUGCUGGUAGCCACACAGGCUGCCAGCGCCGCCUCCGCCUUGUUCAGGCUAAAUCACCAGUCCAGACCAGUCCAGUACAAGGAAGUAGAAGGAUUGAUCGAGACCAUCACUAGCAGAUUCUGUGAGCUGCCUCUGCCCUCCUCUGCUCAUCGACAGCGGAUCUCUGGGAGUCUGAAGCGGCUAGAUCCUAGCAGCCAGCUUUCUAAGUCUGAACGAUUUCUGUUCCAAGCCCUGGUCUGUUUUCAAGCGGCCUGCAGGUUGGCUGAAGAGUGUGCGUCAGAGCCUGUUCUGAGGGAGAACACGUUCACAGCUCCAUAUAAACACAGCAAUGAUCAGGACUCAUUGGAAUCUCUGUGCCAGUGUCUGCUGCGCUGCUGCGACUCCGUCUGGAUACCCACCGUUAUUAAGAUGUGUGAGCGUGCACCCAACGCUAGGCCACUGCAGUCCUUCUACUCCAUCCUAUCUUCCCAGUUUAUCCUACUUCCAUCACUCAUGCCUGCCUUUGCAUAUAAACUCGCCUCCUCCGGUUUCUACAGGCUGGCUGUGGAGCACAAAGGCCUCUUCUGUGCAGGAAACAGGAACCCAGAUCUGAAUGCAUCCUGCUGUGGUUUUCUACAGAAACUCAGUGUGUGUCUGCUUUCCCAGUCAGACCCUGCUUCUGGUUCCUACCAUCACGAUGUUGAAGAGGUAGAGAAUCUUCUGCUAUGCAGCCUUCCCUCUCUGUGUUGCCAUCUGUCAGACUGGCCCUCUCUGCUGUCUGAAUAUAAAGGACCAAGGGCCACCCAGUACUGUCUGGUGAUAGUGCUGUGUCUUGCUCUGCAGCAUGGAGACAGGCUCCUUCCAGACCAGACAGUGUUUUCCAGUGUGGUGUGGCUGUUGCAUUCAGUCCAGGAGCAGGGCAGCUGUGCCUUGCCUCCCUCUGUGCUCCGCUCUGCCCUCUACCUGCUGGCAGUGACACAGGACAAGAACCCCAGCCUUGAUGGGGCUACUUUGAACUGCAUCAGCAAGGCUCUCUCCUCCUGCCAAAGCUUCACUUCCCUCUACUUUCACCAUCCUGCUCUCCUCCACUUCAUCUGUGGCUAUCCAGACCUCGCAAAUAAAUUCGGGCCCCUGGUUUUGGAACUUUGGUUGACCAAGCAAGCUCACCACGCAAAUGCAGAGCAGAUCAAGGCAGACAUGCAGAGGAAGGAUGAGAAGAGAGAAAGCCGUGCAAAUGAGGCACAGGAUCAGGAGGCGGACCCAGAAACCGUGGAGCUACUGACUCUGAUAGACAAGCAUCCAGCUGUCAUUCUGACCCUCCUGGACAUGGUUUGCACCAGAGAGGCUCCCCUGGCAGAGCGAGUUCUGGGUGUAAUGGAGGUUUUCUUGCACGGUCAGAGAAACUAUGACACAGACUUGUGUACAAAUCUUAGGACAGCCCUGCUCCAGGCAUUGCAGCGAGUUAGCGUGGAGAACGCGGGCCAUCGGCUUGGACAGGGAAAUACUGGACAGGUGAAUUCACUCCCUCUGUUGCUGAAGCUGCUGUGUGCGACCCAGACCUGUGACCCGCCUUCAACCUCCCCCUACAGUGAAAUGGAAGGAGCGCACUUCAAGCUGCUCUACCACGUGAGUAACAUAGCAGCAAGAUUGAAGCCUACGAACACAGAGAGCCUCCUGCCUGCCCUCAGCUACUUGUACUGCUGCCUGAGUCUGCCCCCUGCACACUGCACUGACAGAGCUGUCUCCAUGCUGCUCUCCAAUACUGGGCUGAUGCACCAGCUGCAGACAGUCAUCUCUUCCUCCUCUGCUCCAUCUCUCUCCCCACCAGCCUGUCCUCCUUUGGCCUUGCUGUGCUGCUGCCAUCUCCUCCUGUCCUCCCUCAUUACCUUGCAGCGCGUUCACUCCGCUCAGGUCCAUAAGAGCAUCAGUUGGAGUCUGGACACAGCUGUGCAGCGACUUCUUGUUCAGAAAAGAAACACAGACAAUCUCCUGCUGGUAAGCUACUUGAGGUUGCUGCAGGCUCUGCUUGAUGCUGACCUUGCAUCCGCUCUGGUGUUUGUGAGCACUGGUCCUGGCUUGGUGGGGCCCAAACCUCUAGGGGUGGAAGACGGUGCUCUGUACCCGCUUGGUUCCAGAGGGGCCCGGUGCCUCUCAACUGCCCUCAGUGGACUUAUUUUGCAGAAGCACGAGUUGCUGUUGAGAGCCUCUGUCAACUGUCUAAGUUCCCUGCUGGGCUUCCUUCAGAGGAAGAGUCCCACCACAGCCAAAUGUGUGGUAUGUCAACCAUGGAGUCGAUUUCUCCUCCACUGCCUGCUCAGCUCAGGAGAGAACUGCCUACUGCACCCUGCCAUUCUCAGACUCAUCGCCCUUCUACUGCAGGACAGCAGUACAACAGUGCUGUUGGAGCCUGACCUGCUUCGGGUGAUGGAGGCAGUGGAGAGGAGGGGGGUGAAGGAACUCAGCCAGGAAUCAGCACAGGCCCUAAGGCUGCUUCUGACACAGAUCCAGAGCAGUGUUCUGCUCCCCACAGGGGAGCAUAAGCAGAGAGUGGAGAACAUGAUAGAGGCGCUCGGACCGCAGAUGCCCGUUGUGAACAGCAGCCCCAGUAUAUCCAGCAACCUCCUACGUGUUGGUGAUGUGUCCAUCUGUCUCUCCGAUUUUACGCUGAAUUCAGUCUGAUGUUCUGGUUUACUGAUGCAUAUGAUUUAGUAAUUAUCACAUUGUCAUUGGCAGUUGUUAUUGUUGUUCAUUUACACAAUGUACUUGCUGUGAUUUACCAUUCUGCUCUAAAAGAUGCACAUCCUCCUUAAGUUUAAAUGUGACAGUGAAAUAAUUUACUGCACGUAUUUGUGAAAGUGGUUUAUUUACAGCAGUGUUAAAGGAAAGAUCAUUUCUUGCACUCUCAAAAAUCUGAUUAAAAAGUCAUUUGUGCCUGUUCAGAGAGAAACAUCUAUAAUUUUGUGUACACAGAGGUGUUAUUUUUUAAAAUAGUGGUUCCAAGAAUGAGGGUUUCCAGACACUCAAAGGGGUCGGGUGGCAGCACAUUGCUUUAUCGGAACUAAAUAAUAUUUUUAAAUGAUUAUGAAUAGUAUUUCUGCCAUAAUAUGGACAAAAAAAUUAAAAUCAUGGUUACAUUUACAAUAAAACCUUUCAAAUUACUCUUACAAAGGGCUGCUGUGCUCCAAGCAUAGUGCUAACCCAUCUUAUUAUUUCAGUUUCAUUGAGAACCUCUCUUACAGGACCUCUUUCGUAACAUUCACACAGCUUCAUAGAUUCACAGCAGGACUCUGGUGCAACCAGUCUGACCUGUGAGUCACUGAGCAGCUGAGUUGGGGUUAAGAGCCUCAAGGGCACAACUAUAGUGUUGAUGGUGGGAGUGCUGCUUCUCUAAAUUGUGACAGAUUUUAACCAUCCACACCAGCAAUUAACUUGUCACCUUAGGCUUAAAAGCUUGCUUCUCUAGUUGGAAUUUUCCAAAUGACACAGGAGUGGAAGACAUUUUUAGUACAGAUUGUAUGAUUGGGAGCUGUUCUGUUUUGAAACUGAAAGCCGUCGACAUCUUAGUUUUUUGUUUGUUUUGGAUAUAGUCUCUUAAUCCCACAAGGGGUGGGUAAUUGGCUAUUCUAAAUUGCCCAUAGGUGUGAAUGUGAGGGUACUUGGUUGUUUGUCUCCAUGUGGCCCAGUGAUGAACUGAGAUAGACUCUAGCUCCCUCUUGACCCUACAAAGGAUUAAGCGGCGUAUAGAUAGUGGCUGGAUGGAUUCCACCAGGGGAAAUUCUCUUUUCACUUCACAGACUUCAAGGUUAGUCGCACUCACUCACACCUCGAGCAGAUAGAGUUAAAGGCCCAGCAGUGGCAGGUGGUGGUGCUGGGAUUUGAACCCCAGACCUUCCAAUCAGUAGCCUAAAGCCUUAACCUGAUCUUGUUUUUCUUUAAAACUGGAUGUGAUGAGGGCUGCACGGUGGCUAGGUUGUUAGCACUGUCGCUUCACAGCUAGAUGAUCCUCGGUUCACGUCCCGGCCUGGACCUGGGAUCUUUCUGCAUAGAGUUUGCAUGUUCUCCCUGUGCAUGUGUGGGUUUUCUCCAGGUACUCCGGCUUCCUCCCACAGUCCAAAAACAUGCUGAGUUUAAUUGGUGUUUCUAAACUGUCUGUAGGUGUGAAUGUGAGUGUGAUUGUUUGUCUCUUUAUGUAGCCCUUUGAUAGACUGGCGAUCUGUCCAGGGUGUCCCCUGCCUUCAACCCAAGUGAGCUGGGAUAGACUCCAGCCCCCCACAGCCCUAAUGAG